AUGAAUUCCUAUUUCACCAACCCAUCUCUGUCCUGCCACCUAACCGGUGGCCAAGAGGUGCUCCCCAACGUAGCCCUCAAUUCCACUGCCUAUGACCCUGUCAGGCAUUUUUCUACUUAUGGAGCAGCCGUUGCUCAAAACCGGAUUUAUUCUUCUCCUUUUUAUUCACCGCAAGAUAAUGUUGUGUUUAGCUCCAGCCGAGGACCUUAUGACUAUGGAUCUAACGCUUUUUACCAAGAAAAAGACAUGCUUUCUAGCUGCAGGCAAAAUUCUAUGGGACAUAAUACACAGACAUCAAUCGCACAGGAUUUUACCAGUGACCAAAACAGGAACACUUCGCAAGAACAAAAAACUAGCAUUCAGAUAUACCCAUGGAUGCAGCGUAUGAACUCCCACAGUGGAGUGGGCUACGGGGCCGACCGCCGGCGGGGCCGCCAGAUCUACUCGGUACCAGACCUGGAGCUGGAGAAGGAAUUCCACUUCAACCGGUACCUGACCCGGCGGAGGCGGAUCGAGAUCGCCAACGCUCUCUGCCUGACGGAGCGGCAGAUCAAAAUCUGGUUCCAAAACCGGCGGAUGAAAUGGAAAAAAGAAAGUAAUUUGAGUUCAACCCUCUCCGGAGCGGGGGGGGGAGCCGCCGCCGCCGCCGACAGCUUGGCCAAGGAGGAGAAGCGAGAAGAGACAGAGGAGGAGAAGCAGAAGGAGUGA